AUGUCCUCGAGUGAAGACGAAGACAUCAGACCGGAGGAAACGCACGAAAAUGAGGGACGGCGCAAGAAGCGGCCCCGGGCGUGCGAUCUAUGUAGGAGGAGGAAAGUUAGAUGCAAUGGGCCAGAAACCCCAAGUCGUGAAUGUACGAGUUGCGUCAAAGCCAAAAUUCCAUGCACAUAUGUCGAAGAAUCCAAGCGACGCGUGCCUACCCGGAAGUAUAUUGCAAGCCUCGAAGACAGGAUAACGGAAUUGCAUGAUGUCUUACGACAGUUGUGUCCGGACGACAAAUUAUACGACGAAUGGGUCAAGUCGCUCACAGGAAGCACUGCAGGCAAGCUUACCGACCCCAGCUAUCUCGUGCGAGACUCUUCAACCUCCAGCGAUCUGGGAAGGGAGGUGCUCGAGGGGUGGGCUUACGCCAUCCGUUCUGUCAAUGACGACGUUGCUCCGCCCCAGCAGGACGACGAGCCACACGUCGUUGCGAGCAGCUUGGACACGAAUCGGUUUUUCGGAAAGUCCAGCGGGGAAAUGCUCAUUCGCGAAGCCAUUUGUAUGAAGACGAAGCUCGUUGGCGAAGAACAGUAUCCUCAACAGAUAUUGCGUAAGAGACGCGAAGAGUUUUGGGUGCUCCGACCGUGGGAAAGGAGGUUUGAAAUUGGACCACCACGCCGUUACACUUUUCCGGGGCCUGAUCUUGCCAAAGAACUUCUCGACCUCUUCUUCGAGCGCCUCAACCUUCACCUCCCACUUCUUCAUCGGCCUUCUUUUGAGAGAUCGGUUCGAGACGGCCUCCAUUAUACCAACGAAGGUUUUGCCGCCGUCUACCUCCUCGUCUGUGCUGUUGGCGCACGGUUCUCGAACGACCCAAGAGUCCGCGUAGACGGCGUGGAGUCAUAUCUCUCUGCGGGAUGGAAAUGGUUCAACCAAGUGGAGAUCGGGAAGACUUCUCUCCUCUCGCUUCCAUCGCUCUACGACCUCCAACAAUCGUGUUUGGUCGUAUUGUUUCUGCAAAGCUCCUCGGCCCCGCAAGCGGUUUGGACCAUGGUCGGCAUAGCUCUUCGCUUGGCACAGGAUGUGGGUGUGCACAGGCGUCGGAGCUCACAGCCGACGGCUGAAAACGAGCUCUGGAAGCGGGCUUUCUGGUUUCUCAUCUGCAUAGACAGGCUCACUAGUGUUUCUGUUGGUCGUCCGUGUGCUAUCCAAGAGCACGACUUCGACCUCGACAUGCCCGUCGAGUGCGAUGACGAAUACUGGGAGCAUCCGGAUCCUGAGCAGCGGUUCAAACAACCGCCGAAUAAACCCUGCACAGUUACAGGCUUCGUCUUAUUCCUGAGGCUGAUGCUCAUCAUGAGUUGUUGCGUUCGAGGAAUUUAUUCGCUCAGCAAGACAAACGAAUGGUUUGGUCUGGUGGGGCAGCAGUGGAAAUCCCGUAUUGUCAUGGAGCUGGACUCGAGCCUCAAUAAAUGGCUCAAUUCCGUACCAGACUAUUUGACUUGGGACCCGGAUCGCGAAAACAUUAACUACUUCAACAUCUCUGCAGAGCUCCAUGCCACUUACCAUCAUAUACGAAUACUUAUUCAUCGUCCAUUUAUCUCUUCUCGGAUUAAACCCUCUCCCUUCCCGUUCCCUUCUCUCUCCAUAUGCGCCCAUUCUGCUCGUGCCUGUGUGCGUAUCGCGGAUGCGCAACGUCGGAAGUAUACCGCUAUGGGACCUCCCCCUCCCGUCCAGAUAGCUGUUUUUACAUCAGGCAUUGUCCUACUGCUUAAUAUGUGGAUUGGAAGACAUUCGGGCUCCUCGCCGUCACAGAACGCCGAUGAUAUGGUGUAUGUAUCACAAGCCCUCAAAGCGUUGAAAAAGAGUGAGGAACGGUGGCAACAGGCUGGCAAAUUUUGGGAUCUCUUGUCUGAACUCUCUGCCAUGGGUGAGGGCUCUCAUACGCGGCAGGAAGUGUCAUCGGCUGUCGAUGUCGCGUCGCCGAUAUGUAGCCUGUCGCCCGGUUUCCUUGAGGCAGAAGAAACCAGCCCUCCUCUUUCUCGUGCACCAGGUGGCAUGGUACCCGACGAAUACCCCUCUUUGUCUGACCUGUUGUAUCGGAACGGUCAGCACGACGCUGUGGCAGCCACCUCGAAUAAGUCGUCAGAUCUUUCCUACGACUUCUCUUCCCUCGAAAAUCCCCAGCAGAACACCGAAUCAUACGAGAGCGUCUCCUUAUCACAGCCGCUACCACAGGUCGCGCAGGGAUCCGCGCAAGACGUCGCCUCUGUGCCUCCUAGUUUCCCGUCUUUUGAUACGUCGCUGGGGACAUUGGGAUCAAGCGACGUUCAAAACACGAGCAUAGCCGACGACUUUAUGGCGUUCUUGAGUAGAAGUAAUGCCCGGUCGACCGACCAACUCCAUUCGGAGAGCUUCGAACGGCCAGAAUCUGGCAAUGCAAUGGGCAUGUGGUCGAAUGCACCAACUGGGUUUGGCCUCGAUGAUUGGGAUAUGUAUCUGACAAACAUGAACGAGUCAAGCUGCGAACAAAGUUCUAGUUGGCGCACAUCCGAGUUGUAG